AAAGUUUUAUUCAAGGUAGAGACUGAGUUGGGGAUGUGAGCACAAUGAGCGUAAACCAGCAAGCUCACACCGGGCCACCUUACGGGCAGCCUCAGCCUGGAUAUCCCGGGUAUCCGCAGCCUGGCUAUGGAGGACAGCAGAUGCCAGGCAUGGCUCCCUCUCAGUAUGGUGCUUACAAUGGUCCGGUGACAGGAUACCAGCAGAUGGGCCCUCCUCAAGGUUACUUUCCUUCUCUGGGGUUUCCUUCUAAGGGCUCUCCUGUUUCUUUUGAUUCUGACACUUCUUUCGCACCUGAUUUCAUAGGUCCUCUAAGAGCUCCUGCUGCGUCUGGUGCACCUCCUGGACAGCCUGCCUGCAGUCAGUUUGGGCAAGGAGACGUGCGCAAUGGGAUUCCUGCUCCUGCGGUCUCCAUGCAAAGACCUUCUGCCUCCCAGCAAUACAUGCUUGGCACAGCGCCCACCCCCGUUUCCCAGCCAGCUGCUACUUUCCAGUAUGCAUCACCUCCAGCGAGCACACAGCAACUGGCCAAUCACAUGGCAGGAAUGCAGAUAGGCGGUGCUUCAAGUUCUGCUCCUCCCCCAGCUGGCCUGGGCUAUGGUCCUCCGGCAUCAGUUCCGCCUUCCUCAGGAAGUUUUAGUGCAACUGGAUCUGGGCAAUAUGCAUCUUACGCAAGCCAAGGACCCCUUCCCCUCAACCUGCCCCACGGAUUGCCUCCUACCAGCUUGUCUCAGGGUUUCCCCAUGGCUCAGCCUGCCGCAUCUGGUCCCCCGUCAGCCCUACAUCUUUCCUCUCCAGCGCCGGGCUUUGCCCCACCACUGGUCUCUGCCGCGGCUGGAGUUUCCAGUUACCCUCCUGCGGCUGGAGCUUCAAGGCCUCCAACCAUGCAGGGUGCGUUACCUGGACAGGCAACUACUGGGAUGCUGACUUCCCAGCCUAAUCAUGCGACUUCACCACCACCACCACCUGUGGCAGGGCCACCCCCUGGACCACCAAUGACCAGCUUGCAAGGACCACCACCUCCUAACCAUCCUUCCCAGCCAGGAUACCCACUGCAGCAGAAUGGGUCCUUUGGGCAGAACAGAGGCACCCAGCCCAACUACAACGCCGCUUACUCUGGGCCGACAGGUUAUGGGAGCCAGCCGGGAGCACCACCCCCACCAAAGCGUCUGGAUCCGGACUCCAUUCCUAGCCCACAUCUCAAUGAGCUGCCACCUCAGCAGAAACCCAGACACAGAAUAGAUCCCGAUGCAAUUCCUAGCCCAAUCCAAGUCAUUGAAGAUGACAGGAAUAAUCGCGGAUCGGAGCCAUUCGUCACAGGAGUCCGUGGGCAAGUCCCGCCCCUUGUCACUACCAAUUUUUUGGUCAAAGAUCAAGGUAAUGCAAGUCCUCGCUACAUAAGAUGUACAUCCUAUAAUAUUCCGUGUACCUCAGAUAUGGCGAAGCAGUCCCAGGUUCCUCUUGCUGCAGUCAUAAAGCCAUUGGCUACUCUACCGUCAGAAGAGGCUCCUCCUUAUUUGGUAGACCAUGGAGAAUCGGGUCCCAUCCGGUGCAAUAGGUGCAAAGCCUACAUGUGCCCUUUUAUGCAGUUCAUUGAGGGUGGACGAAGGUUCCAGUGCUGUUUCUGCAGCUGCGUCACCGAGGUACCAUCUCACUACUUCCAGCACUUGGACCACACGGGCAGGCGAGUGGAUUACUAUGACCGGCCGGAGUUGUCUUCGGGGUCGUAUGAGUUCUUGGCCACCGUUGACUACUGCAAGAAUAACCAGCUCCCCAAUCCCCCUGCCUUCAUUUUCAUGAUCGAUGUGUCAUACAAUGCAGUCAGGAGUGGUUUGGUGAGGCUGAUAUGUGAAGAAUUGAAGACUCUCCUGGAUUACCUACCCAGGGAAGGGAACAUGGAAGAAUCGGCCAUCCGGGUGGGUUUUGUCACUUACAACAAAGUUCUGCACUUCUACAAUGUGAAGAGCUCCCUAGCCCAGCCUCAGAUGAUGGUCGUGUCUGAUGUAGCAGAUAUGUUUGUACCUCUGCUUGACGGCUUCCUGGUGAACGUUAAUGAGUCCCGCACAGUUUUCACCAGCUUGCUGGACCAGAUCCCUGAAAUGUUUGCUGAUACCAGGGAAACAGAAACCGUGUUCGGUCCAGUGAUUCAGGCUGGCAUGGAAGCACUAAAGGCAGCUGAAUGUGCAGGCAAGCUCUUCAUAUUUCACACAUCACUGCCCAUCGCAGAGGCUCCAGGGAAGCUGAAGAACAGAGAUGACAAGAAACUGAUCAACACAGAUAAAGAAAAGACCCUGUUCCAGCCUCAGACCAGCUUCUACAGCAACUUAGCCAAGGAAUGUGUCGCUCAAGGGUGCUGUGUGGAUCUGUUCCUUUUCCCAAACCAGUACUUGGAUGUGGCGACCUUGGGAGUCGUUCCUUAUCAGACCGGGGGCUCUGUCUAUAAAUACGCCUACUUCCAGGUGGAGACCGACCAGGAGCGCUUCUUGAAUGACUUGCACAGAGAUGUUCAGAAAGAAGUGGGCUUUGACGCUGUGAUGAGAGUGCGCACAAGCACUGGUAUCCGGGCGACAGACUUCUUUGGCGCGUUCUAUAUGAGCAACACCACAGAUGUGGAACUUGCAGGCCUCGACUGCGACAAAACCAUCACAGUGGAAUUCAAGCAUGACGAUAAGCUCAGUGAGGACAGCGGAGCUCUUCUUCAGUGUGCUGUGUUGUACACAAGCUGUGCGGGACAGAGGCGACUCCGCAUUCACAACCUCUCCUUGAACUGCUGCACGCAGCUGGCUGAUCUUUAUAGGAACUGUGAGACGGACACUCUUAUCAACUUCUUGGCCAAAUUUGCGUAUCGUGGACUUCUGAACAAUCCAGUUAAGGCUGUGAGAGACACGCUGAUCAAUCAAUGUGCCCAGAUCCUGGCGUGCUACCGGAAAAAUUGUGCUAGCCCCUCUUCUGCUGGACAGCUGAUUCUUCCUGAAUGCAUGAAGCUGCUCCCUGUAUAUCUGAACUGUGUUUUGAAAAGCGACGUUCUGCAGCCUGGAUCAGAGAUCACCACUGAUGACCGCGCCUACAUCCGCCAGCUGGUCACCACCAUGGAUGUGGCAGAAACAAAUGUUUUCUUUUACCCCAGACUCUUGCCUCUGACCAAAGUAGAUGUCAACAGUGACUCCUUACCGACAGCUAUCAGAAACUCCGAAGAGCGCCUCUCCAAGGGUGACAUAUUUGGAGUUUCGUCUUUCAGCCAGAUCAGCAGUUCUAUGUGCGCACUUCCCGUUUUGGAUAACCCCUUUUCAAAGAAAGUACGAUCCAUCAUCGAUAUGUUCCAGGCUCAAAGAUCGCGUUACAUGAAGCUUAUGAUUGUGAAGCAGGAAGACAAAGUAGAUUUGCUGUUCAAACACUUUUUGGUGGAAGAUAAGAGCACGAACGGAGGGGCGUCGUACGUGGACUUCCUCUGCCACAUGCACAAGGAGAUUCGCCAGUUGCUGAGCUAGAGGAGGGGGCGAUGCUGGAUUUCAACACCGGCACUUCUGUCAUCGCCAGCCACCUGAAAAACGGUCCCAGUUCCUCCGAGAAGGACGAUAAUAGAAACCUGUACAAUUCCAUAAUUUUUAAUACACUGUGCAUAAGCAGAGUUUCAGCAUCUCCCAAGCCCUUUUGAGAGAACAAGACACGGACAGGCGAAACACCCACACAGGGUGGAGGACAAGAUUGUGUGCUCCCAGUCUGAAAUCUGCAUCCCUGUGCUGGGCAGGAAUCUACACUUCCUGCCGCCCCAGUUCCAGUAUAACAAAUGUCUCUUGGAUUUACUUUGACACGAUUCAGCAUCAGGUGACGUGAUUGCUCUCCUUUACACAGCGGCUGCAACACGGUGCGCGUGCCUGAUACUCAGUGAGGUGGAGUAAGGGAGUCCGCUAGCGAAGGGUUGGUACGGCUGGCAGGCCCUGUCCAGUCCAAGGGUAGGAGGGGAAUGGAGCCACCCACUGUCACUUGCACGUCUCCUCCUAAGCGGAGGAAGCCACAUCAUAUGGUCUACAAAUUAACUUGAGUUGUGGCUGUCUGGAGAACACCUCACCCAUGCUGUGAGCCUGGAAAGACCCAGCUCGCCCCUGCCACCAUUGUGUGGCUGUCUAGAUCUGCCUCGGGGAAAGUAAGUGCUGGUGAGAGGGUGCUGAUUCAGGGACAGGUGACUCUGUCUUAGGGUUGGUGUGCACAGGCAUUGCUGCCGCCUUUUUGAAGAACACGGCAUCCCUUUUGAUGCCUGCAUCCGGUUUCUUUGAUGCGUCACCCUCUGUCUGCUAGGGUUUGCUCGGAACACGCUCUCGUCCCUUCUUUUUUACUUUGAAAGGUAAUGUUGCUGAACGGAGCCCAGGCCUAUGUUUGGGGAUCCACCUAGACUUGGUUCAUUUAAGCAGCUGAGCGGCAUUGACGAGCCUGGUAGCACCACAGAGAAAGAAUUAUUCAUAUGCAUCGUACGAGGUUCAGAUCAUGCCACUGUGGAUUCUGAGCUCUGAAGGGUUUGGCCAUGGGCAAAUUCAGCAUAUAGCACCUGAACGGCUAUGUCUUGAGUGGUUCCUACUGGCCAAGUAGCAGGAAGUCUUCCUGUGUUGUACCUCAAACAGCAAGUCCAUGUGGCUUACAGCUAGCUUUUCCGAGUGGUUUUGCUAGGGGUGGGCAAACCUGGUUUCGCCAGAGACAAGGGGCGAGUUUGAGAUUGUAGAAUUCUAAGGGCUCGUUAAUUUUCAAAAGGACACGAAUAUGAUUUUACUUUUAAGCAAAUGCUACACUUAAGAGUGUUCAUGCAGUGCCCGGGACGUUCCGAAGUGGCUGCGCUGAAAUGUAAAGGAAGACAAUGGCAGGGAAGGGUGGCUUCAGGCACAUGGCGGGCGAGACGACUGAAGACAGGCAAAGCCGUUGAAACUCGAAGUUGAAUCCUUGUGUACAAGACCGAUUAAGUAAUCCAGGCGUGUGGUUUCUCCCCCCAUGACCUCCAGAGUGUGUGCUUGUGUUUGUAAAUAUCAUUUUCCUUCUAUUGCAGCCGGUUUGUCUUCCCUUUAAUUUCCCUUCCAUCACACAGACAAGGGAAAUAUCCAAGAACUAUAACUGGCCACAAGUCAUGGAGCUUUUCAGCAGCCUCCCCCGCCCCCUCCAGAACUCCCCUGCUGUCUCCUACCAAAAACG